CUAGAUACUUUUCAGAGUAACAGCCCUGUUAGACUAGAUACUAUAGUGCUAGGUUAAUCAAUGCAGCCCCUCCAUGUGCUAAAAAGGGACUUAAAUUGCUGCAGAUAACCUGUGGCACCUGAUCCCAUUUUAUUAAGCCUGACACUGCUACCACACAGCUGUUAGCAUGUGUGCAGAACAUCAAACAGGGCAGAGCCUUUAACAAAGGGCAGAGUGUGUAUUUUAGCAGUUAGUGCCUGCAGUUGAGUCACAAGCAAGAUUUGCCCGAGGUUAGUUCCUUACAUCCGUGUACAGGCGCUCAGGGCACGCCUUCUUCUCAUACAAGCCUUUCAGACAGAAGCCUUGUCAGGCUCGCUCCCAGGGGUGGUGCGAAAACAAACUUCAACUCCUUCACUGCCCUGACAGCAGCGGGAUCUACCUAAUCGCUCGGGACUAUCGGAGUUCAUAAAAAUCAGCACUAUGACUGAUGGGGACUAUGACUAUCUGAUCAAACUCCUGGCCCUGGGGGAUUCUGGGGUUGGGAAGACAACGUUUCUUUACAGAUACACAGACAACAAAUUCAACCCAAAAUUCAUCACAACAGUAGGAAUAGACUUUCGGGAAAAACGUGUGAUAUACAAUAGCAGAGGACCAAAUGGAUCUCCAGGAAAAGCCUUUAAGGUUCAUCUACAGCUUUGGGACACCGCUGGGCAGGAAAGAUUUCGAAGUCUCACCACAGCAUUUUUCAGAGAUGCCAUGGGCUUUUUAUUAAUGUUUGAUCUCACCAGUCAACAGAGCUUCUUAAAUGUCAGAAACUGGAUGAGUCAAUUGCAAGCCAAUGCGUAUUGUGAGAAUCCCGAUAUAGUAUUACUUGGUAACAAGGCUGACUUAUCAGAUCAGAGGGAAGUCAAUGAGAGACAAGCAAGAGACCUUGCAGAUAAAUAUGGCAUACCAUACUUUGAAACAAGUGCAGCUACUGGGCAAAAUGUGGAUAAAGCUGUGGAAAUGCUCCUGGACUUGAUAAUGAAGCGCAUGGAACAAUGUGUUGACAAGACACAAGUGUCUGACACAGCCAAUGGAGGAAGCUCGGGGAAGCUAGAUUCAGCAAAGCCAGAGGAGAAAAAGUGUGCCUGCUAGACCUCACCUCCAAACUGUGAGAACCAAUAAGAAUAUUUGAUCUGAAAAUGGUUGCUUUACCACUAAAUUCAAACCUGGCCAUGCACAGAAACAAAGUUUGUCUUGUUUGGGUUUUUGCUUUUCUCCAGAGAACUGAGUUUUCAGAGAGGCUUCUGUGCUGGAACAAAUAUUCCUGAUAUGGCGCCAUGGAAGAUCUAAAAGAGCCCUCAUCUUUAUCUUACACAAUCAGGCUAGAAAAUGUAGGAGAGCUGUUCCCUUCUUCCUUGGAAGGAGAAAAAACUAUUGUUUCUAUGGGGUGGGGGAGAAAUAAUUAAAUUGGAUAUCGUGAUAAACUAAAAAGGGGGUACUUUGUAGGUCUCUGUCUUAAAUGAAUCUUGCUUCUUUAUACUACUUUGUAUUUACAUCCGAGACCAGGCAUUUGCUCAAGUGGAGAUAUGAGUAAAGAGAAUUUUAUGUGGUAUAUUAAGAAUGACCUUAUUACUUGCACAAGGCAAGCAAUGGUGUGACUGACUGUCUGAUAAUAAGUUGGUGUCUGAGGAGAAAGGGGUGGAGGCUAUUUUUUAAAAUAAAACCAGGGAAACAUGCAACAUUUAUUUGUGUUGCUAGUAAAUAAUCAAGCAGGGUUUGGAGGGUGAGGGGAUAGGGAGAAGAUGCUCAAAUUCCAGCACUACAUGGAAAAGUGGCAACACUUACUGUUUGAAGACAGCAGGAUGCAUUUUGUGGAGUGUCUUGCAGAUUUCACCAUAAGCAAAAGCAGUCUUUGCUAAUCAGAAAAAUUCUGUGUUCAACACCAGAAAACAGGCUGUGUGCAUCACGUAGGGCAUGCAAGGGGAAUUGUGAAAAUGGGGUCACUGUCUAAAAGAGUUACUGAUUCUCUAAAAGGUUAUUCAGUUGACUGGGAACUCACCACCUGCCAUGAUUUUGUGAUGUUGCCAGUAUGCUUUGUUUUCAAAUGAGCAGAACAUUCUCGUAUACAAAAUAGACUAGAAAGUGACCCUCCUUGUAAAAUACUUCUAAGUGGGGAUUUGGAAUGCCAACAUAUUAAAUGUGAUCUAACACUAGAUAAAAUGUGUUGUGUAGAGUCUAUAGAAAUGGGGUGGUAUGGCAGGUAAUUAGAAGGCUGCCAGUUGCACUAAAAAGUAAAGCAGGAAGGUAAAAUGUGAGUAACUUUUUUGUAUUGUCUUCAUAUCUCUGAGUAUGGAUGAGCGAAGGAAUGAGAGAGUUCUAUUACAACAAUGUCUCUCAUCACUGGCUUCUCUUUUAAAAGCAAAGAAUACAAGAAAAUAUUUAGGGUUUACUUCUAUUAAAUAGGUAAGGAUCUAACAACAUAUUCAAAGGACUCCAUGAAUUUGUACUUCCAGACUUAUUUUUAAAAAUCGCUCCAGGGAAAAAUGUUUCACAGAAGAGCUCUGCCAAAGAGCAAAACUAAAUUGGUUGGGUUGGGGGAGAUGGUGGAAGGGAGGCAGACUUCCUCUGCUUUAAACUUAAAGCGAAUGUGAGGUUUUCAGUUUGUUUUUGAAGCACUGUGAUUCUGAACCAAUUAAGCUUUCCAGGUGGCUAGUCCACAAACUAUCUGAUUCAAUGCCUUUUUUUGAAAAAUAUUGAGGGUUUACCAGCUGCUUUGGUGACUGGGCAGCGCACUUCCUGCCCAUCCCGCCCAAUGAUAUUUACUGAAAGAUUUGGCAUGUAGACAGGGCAGAUGGUCUGACAAUAAGGGUAGCCAUUUUUGUAGGGUGAGUAACCAAAUAGCCCCUAUAAACAAUUUGGAGAGAGCAAAUCAGUUUGCUAAGUGUCUAAAUGAAGACAUACCCUAUGCAGCAAGUUCUGAAAUACCUGUGCCCUUUUGUAACCCAUAAAAAGCUCAUGUUACGCAUCAACUCCAGUGGUUGCAAGACAGACACUGUUAUAAUUGGUAGCUAUUGCCUAGGCAAAGACUAUAAAUGUUGAAAGUAGGCUGUUUAAAUUUCAAGUACAGUCCCACAAAAUAAAUUGAGUUAGUGGAGUUUCUCUUCCUUUAAAUACUAAACCGUACCAGAGCUUUGUUCAGUUAAGUCCUCCAAAGUCUGUGAUAAGGGCAGGAAUGGUUGUAACCUGGGAUUUCCUGCCUUGUUAUUUUUAUUUAUUUUUUUCCCUGAAUCCUCAGCCAGGUAGAAUCAGUACUUUAAUUUACAGUGUCUGGUUUUGCCCAUUCAAACAGGGUGAGGUGGCUAGCCCUCUUGAAAACAUGACUUUUGCCCUCCUGUUAUCCAAAGCAGACUGCUCUACAGGAGAACCCUGUAAUCCUCCCCAUUAAACUCCAUUGCCUGACAACUCCCAAGGGAAAGGAUGGUCUCAGAACUGGUGUUCUGAGACAGUCCACUGCUUGAGGGUGAAAUGUGUGACAAUCACAACUUGAAGGGCUCCCUAGGCCAUGGGAGCUUGACCCCCACCACCACCGACUCACCCCCACGUCACGCUGGAAGGUGACCCAUUGUGGGACCUCACAUGGCUGUUACCCAUUUGGGGCACACUCCAGAGCUCCCCCCAUGAGGUCACAGCACAAUGCACCAUGACCCAGCUCCAAUUACCCUGCCCCACCUGGCAGAUCAGGACGGGCUGAUCUCAAAGCCAGGGCAGAAACUUCCCAGCUCUGCACACACCUGCAGCAGGUACCUCAGUCCCCCCCCCCCCCCCCCCCCCAGAUUAGUCAGCACUGGGCCCCAGUUCUUCCAGCGGGGCCUACUGGUCCCUCCCCAGGAGCUUUAGAGUUUGUACUGCAGGUAAGUAGUCAGUUCAUUGGCAGGAAACCAUGUCAUUGCAACACUUUUUUUGUUGGGGGGGAUGACAGCAUUUCCUGCCAAUCCAGCACACCCCCCCCCCCCCAUUUCAUUCCAGUCACUCGAACUUGGACUUGGCCCUGUCCUGCCUUCCUCGUAUGUUGAGCAGCAGCAGCAGCAGCAGGAGGCCCAGGCAGACCUUAGCCGGUGACAUUGCUUGCAUACUGUAGUUGAGACCGGUAGGCAGUUGAGUAUGGUAUAGUCUCUAUUGCCUUAAUGUACUAGCUCACUGAAAAGCUCUUAUCAAUUUUUAAUUAUCACAGUCUUGCUGCCAUCAUAAAUUAUUUUCAGAUAUUAAUGUGGAUGGGCUGGUAGCCACCAAACCACAGUGUGGAGGGAGGGGAAGAAAAGUAAAUCUAUACCUUACCCCUUAGAUACACUGGGAGUUUUGCAGAGUAGCAUUCAACUACUAUUUAAAAAUAAACUACAAAGCCGUUAGUAGCUGAUUGGAGAACUCCCCAGAUUCAUUUUUUUCCACAAGAAACUGGAUAACUUGCUUAUUUCUUAAGUCUCCCCAGCUUGCUUCCAUUUCCCCACACCCUUCUUGUUCCUCCUAACUACUGUUUUUUAGGGUCACAUUCUAGUGGAGAGAAGGCUGCUAUAUUCGUGUAAUAGCCUUUUGGGCCUGAUUCGAACUACUGAGCAGGUGCAAUCCCCAUUCACUUCAAUGGGUGAUUGAGAUGCUGAGAUUCUCAUUGGGCUCACUCCUUUGUGUCCGUGAAGAUGUCUCCAUUGCUGCACGCACUGGAAGUGAGAAAGUUUCCAUGUUAGUGUCCUUUUACUGUAAGCUACCCUGAAAUGCUUAUCUUGAGAGCAGUGGGUCUUAAGCUCUUAAAGUGCCUGUAUCCAGUGGAACUCUAACGUAGUGAAGUCUUACCCCACUGCCCCAGCUCCCUCCCUUAACCACUUCCUAUAAGAAAAGCGGGGACAUGGCUGCAGUUGCCAUUUGAAGCCUUUUCAAUUUUUCACUAUCUGGAGGGUCACUAUGCACCGUUCCCACUAUGUAAUUUUUCCAUAACUGAUAAUAUACUGAGUUGACAAUACCGAGUGACGUAUGACUGGUUGUGACUCAUUGUUUGUGCACCAAUUAGUUUCCAAUCUCCACGUUGCAGCUGAGACAUUAAUAGAAUAGUUCAAUUUCUACACAGAUGUGGUGCUGAAGUAGAGAACUCACUCCCUUGCCAUGACACUCCUAUUUACCAGUUCAAACUCUCAGGUUUUCAUUCUGAACUGCUACAGAGUGUAGCAGCUGCAAAACCUGUUUUUACACCAGUAUUCUUUGGAGCACUGCGCUGGAGCAUAAUCCUUCCUUCAAAUACCCCUAGGACCACAUGGCUCUAAAAUGAAUUCACUUUUAUGUACCAUUUCCAUCAAGAAGUAACCACUCUCUCAUUUUCAAGUAAUCUAGACUCGGUAUUUCAAUUUUGCCAUUGCAUAAAUUAUGUGGUACACAGUUGGAUCAGAAGCUCGACAUCUGCUUUAUGAACAAACACAACCUAGCUACAAGCCUUCUAACUAUCCCAAAGGCAUUGGAACAAUGACUCCUGCAGUUGUACAUGUGUAUACAUAAGUACUUAAUAUCAGUAUAAGCCUUCUGCUCCUGCUAACCUUUGCUUCUAAAUUUAAUUCACAUAUUGAUCCCUGUGUCCUGCUGGUUUCUCUGUCUUCUCCCCUAGAAAUGUGUGCCUCCCUCCAAAAUUCCCCUCCUUAAUACCCUUUUUGUAACACUCUUCUAGGUAGUGCUCAUUUCUGAGUUUGCAGUAAUACAUGGCCUAUGCGUGAGCCAACCCUGAGCAUGGUAAUUACUUAAUCAAGGAAUGACAUGCAGCACCCAAGAUGACAAUACUGCCAAACCUAUGUAGAUCUGAUUUUCAGGGACUCUAAACCCAGCAACAAUGUGCUGAUUUCUUUCUUUCUUUGAUUUGAAUCAGGUAUGUCUUAGGUUCAUCGUCUCCCUUCAUAGGUAGCCUCCAGGCUUUGUACAAAUCAGAGGUCAUCAGAUUUUUGUCUCAUCUAUUUUCUUGUUCAUUUCCAUCCAUGCUCAAUUAACUUUUUGAUCUGCUGUAGGGUCAGAAAUCAUUUCUUAACUCCAGGUAGUAGUCCAUUAUUUCUUCCCGAUCUACAAGUAUUUUGUCCUCCUAAUCUCAAGCAUGAAUGUAAAAAUGUGACACUACUUAAUACACUAAGCAACCACAGCAUUGUAUGAAGACUUCUUGUAGAAUGGUCAAAAAACGAGAACGUAUUUAUUAUAUAUUAUAAACAUCUUUAUUUCCUGUAACCUUCACCCCAGCCUUCAGUUCCAGCUGUUGAGGUGGAACAAUGGGUUAGAAAAAUACCAGUGCAGAUGGGUAAAUACACUU